CGCUAGCUAGCUACUAUUUCCAUCUAAACUCCAGCUUCCCGCACGUGGGCAUCGGGCUGCCCUGAAACCUUCCGCAGGAAGUUAAGCCCAGGGCCAAAGGGGAGACCGAACCGGUAAACAGCAGGGAACGUACCACCAGGGCAGGCUCCAGGCAGUGGUGCACAUGCACAGAGCCCCCUCGGGCCGCAUCGGGGAUGGCGCAGUAUAAAAAGGGCGCGCAUUCUCCUUGCCGUCAUCGGCAAAACUGCUCGCUGCAACUAAGGGAAAAUGAUUUCUUCCUCGGCUAUGAACGCAAGCUAUUUCCUCGUGCUCCUGGCCCUGCUAAUGCCUCUGGCCUUGUGCUAUCCCCAGCCCGCCAUGGAUGAGGACAAGGAACAAGAGUAUGGAGAGAUAUCUCAGUCAGAUGAUGGUGAGGAAGAUGAUUCAAAUCUGGAAGGCAUGCUGAGAAUGAUCCAGCAGAGGGGAGGAGAUGAUGAUGAUGGUGGUGGAGGACGAAGACAGGAAUGA